AUAAAGGUAUCUUGUGAUCCAAAUCAAUGCUGAGUUAUUUUUUUAAAACACUUAACUUUAAUUUGAAGUUGGAAUAGGUUGUUUUAACUUGGCAUCAUUCCAUAAAAUAAGUUGAAGUUGUAAUAGAACCUCUCAGAUACCUUUAAUUUUCUUGGAAUGAAUGAAGUAUUAGUCAUCAAGCACCAGAGUUUUGCUACAUGGACUAUAUUCUAUCCACUACUGUAGUGAGGGCGCGAAUUGCUCAAGAUGCAAAUUCAAAAUAUUGUGUUUACGAAUCUGAUAUAUCAACAGGGAUGGGUGUGGCAGCGCUAUUGUUCCUUCUUUUGAGCCAACUCCUUGUAAUGCUUGCAACUCGUUGCAUGUGCUGUGGGCGAGCUCUGAGCCCUGGUCGUAACAGGGUAUUAGCCGUCUUCUUGUUCAUUACCUGCUGGGUGACAUUCAUCAUUGCUGAGGCGUGCUUGCUUGCGGGCUCUGUCAGAAAUGCACAUCACACAAAGUACAGGACUAUAAUCUCAGCUGACCCUCCUUCAUGCGAGACGCUAAGGAAAGGUGUGUUUGGUGCCGGGGCAGCGUUUGUGGUAUUCACUGGCAUCGUCUCUGAGCUGUAUUAUGUUUUCUACUCAAAAUCUGAUGAAGGUGUCAUCCCUACCAGAGAUACCGGCAUAAGAAUGGGAGCAUUCAACUAAAAGUUUGUCACAAAUGUUAUAUCAUGUUACUUCCGUUUUAUGGGUGUAGAUUAUUGAUUUGGUUUAUAUAACAUUCUUCAUAUGGUUUCGUUUUUGUA